AUGAGCGAGGCAAUGAAAUCGCUGACGGCGCAGGGCCUGGAGCAGCUAUGCUCCAGGCAGCAGCUGCACCUGCUCAACGCCGUGGACUCGCUCCGCUCCCAGGGCGUAAGCCACUACAUAUCACUGCCACAAAUCAUCGUGUGCGGCGACCAGUCGUCGGGGAAAAGUUCCGUGUUGGAAAGCAUAUCCGGGGUCUCUUUCCCGGUGAAGAGCAGCUUGUGCACCCGAUUCCCGACCGAGCUUAUUCUCCGAAAGACGGCCUUUUGCUCCAUCAACGUCUCCAUUGUGCCGCAUCAUUCUCGCAACCAGGCCGACAAGGAACGCCUCUCACAAUUCAACGAGAAAUUGCUCAACUUCAAGGACCUGCCAGCACUGAUCGAAACAGCAAAGACUGCCAUGGGCGUGGCAACGAUGGGCAAGGCAUUUUCCGAAGAUAUUCUGCGCGUCGAAGUAAACGGCCCGGAUCGCCCGGAGCUCACCAUUGUAGAUCUGCCCGGUCUCAUUCAUUCAGAAAAUAAGCACCAAUCUGAAUCAGACAUUCAGCUCAUCAAAAACGUCGUGCAGGGCUACAUGAAAGAGUCCCGGAGCAUCAUACUGGCAGUUGUGUCAGCCAAGAACGACUACGCCAACCAGAUUGUCCUGAAGCUCGCUCGUGAUGCCGAUCCUAGAGGGACACGGACGCUAGGGGUUAUCACCAAGCCGGACACUCUUAUCCCGGGAUCUGGGAGCGAGGGCAUGUUUGUCUCUCUGGCCAAAAACCAAGAUGUCGAAUUCCGCCUGGGCUGGCACGUGUUGAGGAACUGCGAUACCGAGGCAGAAAACUGGACGUUUGAGCAACGCGAUGCCGCGGAGCUUGAGUUUCUAUCAUCAGGUGCCUGGGCAGAUCUUUCUUCAAAAGACUUGGGCAUCAAGUCCUUGAGGAGCCGCCUGAGUAAAGUCCUCGUACGGCAGAUCGCCGCUGAACUCCCAAACCUCAUUGAGGAAAUUGCAGAACUGUCUUCCCAAUGCCAGAAACACCUCGAAAAGCUUGGUUCUCCCCGCACCACCAUCUAUGAACAGAGAAUGUAUCUCAUCCAGAUCAGCCAAUCAUUCCAAGUCCUGCUUCAGUCGGCAACUCAUGGAACAUACAACGAGCCGUAUUUCGGGGAUUGCAUGUCAUUGACCGGCUACCAAAAGCGCACCCGAGCCGUUGUUCAGAACCUCAACCGACACUUUGCAGAAGAUAUGGCCCAAAAUGGUCGACGGUACAAAGUCGUGGCCCAUGUCGAUGGUACAGACUCGGAGUGCAGCGAGCUCUUGACCCGUGCUGAUUACAUUGAAAGAAUUGUCUUGAUCAUUCAGAGCAGCCGGGGGAGAGAGCUACCCGGCAUGUUUAAUCCUAUGAUAGUGACAGAGCUCUUUAAGGAACUCUCGUCGCCGUGGAGCAAAAUUGCAGAAAGCCACAUACAGGAAGUUUGGAGGGCGGUUCGGCUGUCGUUGAGCCAUCUUGUGGCACACAUCGCCGAGUCUACGACUGCCGAAGCGAUUUUGAAUCGCGUUCUUGAGCCCAAGUUGGAGUCCUUCCGGAAACUUUUAUAUGAGAAGCUUUCUGGUAUACUAGAGCCACACCGCAGCGGACAUCCCAUCACCUACAACCACUACUUCACAGAGACUCUGCAAAACAUUCGUCAGGAGCGCGAAAGGUCACGAAUCACAGCUUUAUUGCAGGAGGAGUUUGGUCUGUCGUCAAUGGCGAAGAAAUCUCAUUUAGUUCAAGCAAUUGAAUGUAAUGGUUUGAUCGACCGGCUUGUUGCGCCCCGAGAGCCAGAUAUGGAUCAUUUUGCAGCCUCUGAGGCGCUGGACUGCUUGAAAGCGUAUUAUAAGGUUGCCGUGAAGCGUUUCAUAGAUGACGUCGCGGUGGAAGUUGUUGAGACUUGUCUCUUGGAGAAACUCGGCGAAAUCCUCGACCCAACCUCCAUCAUCAGGAUGAGCGAUGCUGAAGUUUCUGGCAUCGCGGUGGAGACGGAGCAGAGUCGAGGCACUCGCGAAAAGCUCGAGCGGAAAUUAAAAAUACUCAAGAGCGGAAGUGAAACUUGCAAAGAGUUUGCAGCACUCUAUGUUAACGUCUGGGACAUUGCUGAGGAGGAUACCGAGGCAAUGGCCGAUCGAUCCAUCGAAACUGGAGGAGCGCCGACUUGGACACCUAAUGGCGACCAAGAACCUGUCGGUGCAGCUAUUCCGGUCUCCGCCUCAUCGGAGAAUCGGUUCUCGGGGGACGAGCAGGGAGCCUGA